AUGUCAUAUACAAAAGAGCAAGAGGCUGUGGUCCUCAAAGUGCUCUCAUACAAGAGUCAUCAGUUCUAUGAGAUCUUGGAAGUUAAAAAAACGUCAUCUGAAUCCGAAGUUAAGAAGUCGUAUAGAAAACUAGCCAUAAAAUGCCAUCCUGAUAAAAACCCACAUCCACGUUCCUCUGAAGCAUUCAAAGUGCUCAAUAAGGCAUGGGAGAUUUUAAGUGAUCCACAAAAGAAAGCAAUCUUUGACCAAACAGGUACAGACCCCACCUCACGUUUCUCAGCGGCAAGUGCAGGAGGGGCCGGAGGAGCUGGUAGUGGUUUCGGCUCGGGAGCAUCACACUUUAGCAGCGGAAGAACAGGGUUUGCUUCUGCUAAUGGACAUCCAUUUGAGGAUGAUCUUUUCAACAUGUUUUUUGGAGGUGGCGGUGGUGGCGGAUCUGCUUUUGGAGGUGGUCCAGCGUUUACAUUUGGCGGUAAUGGUUUCACUUUCCAAUCAUUUGGUGGGCAAGACCCAUUCAUGAGACAGAGACGAACAACAAGAAGGUCUGGAGCCAGAGGAGGAGCUCGCACGCAGCAACAACAUGCAGAUGGGCAGCCGCGACAACCUGAGUCACUAUUUGAAUCAUUUAAAAGUCUUUUGCCCUUACUAUUAGUUUUGAUUGUACCCAUUCUUUCUGCACUUUUUUCAGACGACACUAAUCCGGAAUAUUCGUUUGUUCAAACACGAGAGUUUAACGUGGAGAGAACAACACCAAGGUACAACAUCCCAUUCUAUGUCAAUGAAAAGUUUGUGAAGAAGAAUUCGCAAAAGACGAAAAGACAAAUGAGGAAUUACGAUUCCAAAGUGGAAAAUAUCUUUAUACAUGAUAAACGGGCGAAAUGUUCUAGAGAACAGAUUCGAAAAGACCAAAUGAUUGAGGAUGCGCAGGGUUGGUUUUCAACAGAUAUGGAGAAAUUAAGACAAGCCGAGAGCAUGCCCAUGCCUAAUUGUGACAUCCUUCGAGGUUUGAAUCUUCUUUAA